UACGCCCUAUCUCUCGCUCGUCUCGUGCAGCGAGGUUGCCUGCGAGUAGCACAGUUUCGAAGUAGCAGCCCACUGCGGGAAGCCGAGGCGGAACCGACAGACACCAUGACAACUGCCUCUGGCAACAAGCUGAAACCCAUCUUCCAGUUGAUUGACGGCAUCAAGAUUCCACUUGGCUUUGACGGUGACAAACUGCGCUCGGCGCUCAAGUACCAGGCCUCGAGCGGCGACAUCUUCAUCGACACGUUCCCCAAGUGUGGCACCAACUGGACCAAGCGCAUUGUGGAAUUACUGAUCGGCGGCAAAGAUGUAGCUUCGCAGAAGGACGGUUACGGCCUUGCGACCACCUUCUUCGAGAUGGUCGGCAAGGACACCAUAGCAGCCCUGCCGGAGCCGAGGAUUGUGACCACGCACCUUGAAUAUCAACUCGUGCCGAAGCAUCCUUCUGCAAAGUACAUCUACGUUGUGAGGAACCCCAAGGACUGCUGCGUGUCCUUCUUCCACCACACGAAGAAGACCAAGGCGUACAACUUCGAGCAAGGCACCUUCGAGGACUACAUGCAGCUGUUCAUCAAGGGGGAGACGAGCUUCGGCGACUACUUCCAACACCUGGUGUCGUGGUAUCCGCACGUCACCGAACCCAACGUGCUCUUCCUCACCUACGAGGACAUGAAGAAGGACCCGGCUGCCGCUGUGCUCAGGAUAGCCAAGUUCCUGGACGUCCGCGACGCUGAGCUUCUUGACGCUGAUUCGAACCGGUUCAAGGAGAUCGUGAGAGACAGCAGCAUCGACGCCAUGAAGGAGCACUACAACGCGAGCUACCAGAAGGCCCUGGGAGGCAACGGCGUCGAUCAGUGGAUCGAGAGGAAAGACUACCCGCUGGCCCGUGCUCCUCCACCGCCUGACGUCAUGGUGCGCAAGGGCAUCAUCGGCGAUUGGCGCAACCAUUUCACGGCUGACCAGUCGCGGCGCAUAGAGGAAGCCUUCGUUAAAAAGUGUGGUCACGUGGUAGACCACAGGGAGAUCUGGAACACCGAAGACUGGAUGCAGAUCGUGGUAUAAACAUGGCGAGGUCCACCCAAUAGCAUAGCAGUCGAAACGAAGCGGAUGCUCUGUUCCGAUAUCCACUUUGGUUAGCUUAUGUCAUUUAAAUACCUUAGAAGCGCUGCCGUUAGGUCAUAUAAGGCACUCGCGAAGCUAAAUAGCAUUCUCUUCAGUCGUGAUCUCUGAUCAAGUGUUUCUACAGUCUCUCUGUUUACAUUUUUCACAGGAGUCACAUUUAAAACAUCGCAGGUGUCAUUUAUAAUCCGUAACACCAAUAUCAAAACUAAACGAGGCUUCAUGAUUACAAGAGUACCGAUAUCCGCCUCUUAUAAGUGAUACAUUGCAUCACGAAAAGGAAAAAAAAAAAGAAGUGACACAUUUAUGAUAGUGAUUUAUCGUUGUUCUGAUGACGGAAGGAACAUUAAUUAUUAAGCAGCGAUACGUUGCUACACGUGGAGCUUCUCGUCACACCUGGUAACAUUUCUCUUGAGAUAAUUACUGUGCCUUAUGUUCUUCAUACUCAAGUGUGUUGUGUCGGUUAGCACGCUUAUUUGUUUAGCAUAUGUUUACGCUUGCAACCAAUUGUGUCAUCUUGUCACUAAAAACACACAUUUAAAUGUAAGUGCCCUCUCCACGUAAAUACACCAUGACUACGAAGGAGGGAUGUGCAAGCUCACACGUGGCAUUCAGGGAUGUGGCCUGAGGCUGCCUACCAUUCCUUUUGUUUUAGAAACGGAAGUAAUAUGGGCAAGAAAUAGUUGCGCGGAACGUUCACACGAAUCCUGUAGCAAGACCGUAAGCUGUUUACGAAUGCUCGAAGCAUGUCAGUUUGCAAAAUCCACUUGUAAUUAUUGCUUUAGUAAUGUUGGAGAUAGAGAGAUUUAUUAUGACAGAAAUGCUGAAAUGUCGGCCUGAAUCAAUUUUCUUACCCGCUACUCACCGUUAGGAAAGGGGAGGGGUGGAAAAGGGAGGAGAGAACGUGUAGAUGAUAAAGAUGAAGGUGGUGAUGAACCAAAACGCUAAUGUAAUGUUGGAGUUAUUCAUUAAAGUGGCGCAGCAAUCGGUUACCGUUUCUACAGUAGUUAGGUUACAAGGCGGCUUAGAGUGAGUGACACUAUAUACGCUUUGGGCAAACCAUCAUGGCGUUUCCCUCUUUGACAGUGUAAUGGGCUCAUAGACACACCGAGUAUUAUGACUUCAUACCAUCACUUUCGUAAGAAAGCCGUAAGAUAACAUAGCGAUGCAACUGUUUUUUCCGGAUAAAUUAUUUUUGUCCGGGCUUCCAUGCCAUAUACAACAUUCAAAGAACACCUCGUAGUGCAGUACGUAACUGGCAGCGUUGUUAUUAUUAUUACACUGCCCCAAUGUUGAUAUUCGGGCAAGUCGUUAUGUCUCCGCGAUGGAACGAAGGUGGCGCAAGACAUUGCGGAAACAAAGAUUUACGCGGGGCAUCUGGCGUCCUGCCUGUGUAGCUCUUCGUUUCUGUUGCGUUGUGCUACCUCCAUUGCACCGUGCUGCCUAGUUUAUCCCUUUGUUGAACUGAUUCAAGGCACCCUGGACGAAGAACGUUAUAUUCUCGAAAUAAAGAUCUUUAUUGUUUCUCUGUC